AAGAGACUUGCAAGUUGCAACAAAAAAAAGGUAAAAAAGUAAAAAAGUUGAACAGUGAAAACUACCUAAUAUUUCCAAUUACCUAUCUACAACGUACGGCCAUAUGCGCCUAGGAAUCUCGCAAUGGCUGGUUCACAACUCAAAAGGCUAAAGGCUUCCUUGAGGGAGAAAGGUGUAAUUGGCCCUCAAUUAUCAAAGAAACAGAAAAAAAAGAAUGCGCAAGACGGGAAGGCAACCAGCAAUCGAAGAUAUCAAAAGGCGGCAGACUUGGAGGGCAUACGAGAAGAAUUCAAUCCAUUCGACCUGAAGCACAAUGCUCGCGGUCCCAAGUUUCAAGUAACCACAAAUAGGCCAGCGCCCAACACUACCGCCAAAGGAAGGCCUACUGAGGCAAAGUCUCUCGGCGAGGAACGGCGACGUCAAACCCUUCUUGUCGAACUUAAUCGUCGCCAUAAAGUAGGAGGUAUACUCGAUCGACGUUUCGGAGAGAAUGAUCCGCAUAUGGCACCCGAAGAGAAGAUGCGGGAAAGAUUCGUGAGGGAAAAGCAGCUUCAUAAGAGCUCCGUUUUUGACCUUGAAGAUGACGAACCCGCCGAAGGACUAACUCAUCUUGGGAAAUCAUUAUCGUUUGACGAUUCUAACCUGGUGGAUGACUUUGAGGAAGAUGACAUCUCGGCCGGGUCUGACGCAGCUGCCUCAGAUGAUGAACAUCGUGGCUCGAAGCGUAUGCGUCCCUUUGAUAGCGAAGCCCAGGAUGACGAUGGUGAAGAAGGGCAGCCGGAAAGAAAAAAGUCGAAACAAGAGGUUAUGAAAGAAGUUAUUGCGAAGUCAAAAUUCUAUAAAGCCGAACGACAAGCAGUCAAAGAAGCCGACGAGGAUCUACGCGAAGAACUCAAUAUGGAACUCCCAGUCCUCCGCGAUCUAUUAUUCAGCACAAAAAAGGCACCAGAAAGCGCACCCGCCGACGAAGCAGAAUCUGCAGCUGCUGGGAAAGAGAGAAUGGAGCGUGAUUACGAUCUUCGACUGCGACAAUUGGCACAGGAUAGGAGAGCACAACCUACAGAUCGUACGAAGACCGACGAGGAAAAGGUAGAGGAGGAGUCUAGAAGGCUUAGAGAACUCGAAGAGAAGAGACUUAAGAGAAUGCGUGGAGAAGAAGUUAGCGAUGACGAGAGUGAGGAAGACGUUGAUAAUGACAAGUCAAACGAUCAACCAACAAAUGGUCCGAUUUUAUUCACAGAAACGGAGGAAGAUGACUUUGGACUCGGAAAGGGGAUAAAAACCCAGCCAACGGCGACGGAACUCGGAUUUGACGACGAAGACGAUUUCUUUAUCGAAGAGGACUUAAUAGCCAGUGAUUCGGACCUAGAGCCUAUCGAAAAUGACGCAUCAUCCGACGAAGAAGACGAUGAUGAGUUUACGAAAGGGCUAUUAAACGACGAGGAAACGAAGAACCCGGUGUUUAGCGGUCAGCUCACAGGCUCUGCGGUAUCAACUGACAUUAAACAAGAUUCGAAUGGACUCCCCUAUACAUUUCCUUGUCCACAAACUCUGGAAGAGUUUAUCAGUUUAACAGAAGGAAUCUCUAUACAGCAUCUACCAACAGUCGUGCAAAGAAUCAGAGCGUUAUAUCACCCAAAAUUAGAUAGCGGCAACAAACCGAAGCUCGCCAAUUUUGUGGCAAUUCUCGUUCAGUAUCUAGCAUACUCAUCUAACCAGACAAAACUACCGCCAUUUUCCAUACUCGAAAGUCUUAUUCGGCAUAUCCACUCCCUCGCGAAGUCUUUCCCAAUCGAGACCGCAAACGAGUUUCGCUCGCAACUCGAAAACUUUGGCCGCUCACGGCCACUUACUCCGAACCUUGGCGACUUGGUGAUUCUGACGGCAAUCGGAACCACGUUUCCCACGUCGGAUCACUUCCAUCAAGUGGCAACCCCAGCUGGGCUACUCAUCGCGCGAAAUCUUGAGAGAGUCCCAAAACAAAUUAGGGACUAUGUUCAAGGAGUAUAUCUAUCCACCUUGGCUCUUCAGUAUCAGCAGGUUUCAAAGCGCUACGUACCCGAGUUAAUGAAUUUCUGCCUCAAUGCGCUAUGUGCCUUGGCACCAGAGAAAGCUGAAGAGACUCUGGGGCAAUUUCCCGUUCAUGAUCCCAUGCCAGGGAUCCGCAUUACCGAUGCUCGAUCGCUCGCAACCAGGAAGCUAACCCCCAUGGAUUGUAUUAGAGAGGAUCUUUCCGACGAGGAAGCCCUCUCAACCAAGCUCGCAAUACUUACUACCACGAUGAACUUAUUGGAUGCAGCGGCAGAUCUCUACAGCGGAAAGUCUGCUUUCUUCGAAACCUUCGAACCAGUUAAGAAUGCACUAGCUCAUCUUGGUAGCAAGGCAUGCAAAGCCAAGCUCCCGGCCGCUCUGAAUGAUCAGAUAGAGAAGCUUAGAUCAAAAGUAGAUAGAAUGCUGAGACUGGCCCACAUGGCGCGACGGCCCUUGGAACUCCAUCACCAUCGACCCCUCCCCAUCAAGUCAGCCAUACCUAAAUUCGAAGACUCGUUCGAUCCUAACAAACACUACGACCCCGACCGCGACAGGGCCGAGCUAUCCAAGCUGAAGGCGGAACACAAGAAGGAGCGCAAGGGAGCGAUGAGAGAGCUGCGGAAGGAUGCCAACUUCAUGGCGCGCGAGCAGCUCAGGGUUAAGAAGGCCAAGGACGCGGCGUACGAGAAGAAGUACAAGAGGCUGGUGGCGGAGAUCCAGGGCGAGGAAGGCAGGGAAGCGAACGCAUACGAGAGGGAGAAACAGAUGCGAAAACGGGCCGCGAAGAAAAAGUAAUAGCGUGGCGAUAAAUAUAAGGGGUAAUAAUAAUGAUGAUAAUAAUAUCAUUAUCAUUAUUGUUAUUAAUAGAACUUACCUACUACGAUUAUAUUAUCUCACAUGUUUAGAUUUACACCCAUUCUAGGGUGAAAAGGAAGUACUGUUCAGUAAUCAAAAAAUAGAGCCGCCUCGGCUAAAAUAUUAUUUAGGGGUUCGAGAAGAAGAAGAGAAAAAAAAAUCGAAAAGCUGACGAGCCAUCUAAGAUCUCGCAGGGUAUUGGUGGAAUCUUCCAGCAAUGUAAAGGAAAUCAAGCACGUCAGCCAACUAUUCCCAUCACGCGUAGAUUACGGAUUAGGUGCACACCCCUGAGAAGCCAUGUCCGUUGUGGAUCAAGAGUGAGGUAUCUACCUAACAUAACAUGAGGUAUAUUGGGGUGAGGUGAGGUAAGAAAGCUUAUUCAAACUGCUUUGUGUAUGAUAUAUAGGUAUACUUGGUUACUUAACUCUUGUAAGUUAUGAGGGGGGCUCUUUGGGUAUUGGGUAUUAUGGGUAAGUAGUUCAGGUAGUUCAGGUACCUGUUAUUGGCUUUUAUAUCGAGAAACUGCUACGUCUGGUUUAUUAGGCUCAAUUCGUAUGUGUUGUUAUUCCUCGCGGCGGGGUUGAGAUGUUAGUCGUGAGGUUAUCCAGCUUUAUACGACUAUGCUAAGUAGG